GAUAAACGUAGGUCGUGUGUCUCAAAACGAGUUUUAAACAUAGUACGAUAAAUAUAGUAGUUAGAUAAAACUUGUGUUAAACCAAUCUCAUUCAGUUUAUAGUCAGUAGCCGUUCAAGUGACUGGACAAAAUGGUAACAGUGCUAAAAGACAGACUUCUGGAUUUCCAUCCCGACACACUGGAACACGUGAGAAUGGAGUUAAACCUGGAUAAAAAUGAGAGAAUGGAUGACGCCGUCAAUCUUUUAGAAGAAUGGGUGAAAAAGCAACAGCAUUUUGUCAAAAAAGAUUUUUCUCGAGCCUACCUAGAAAGAACAUUGAUCUCUGCCAAAGGAAUGGUGGAGAGAGCAAAGCAAAGGAUAGACAAACUGUGCACCUUUAAAACUUUGUUGCCUGAGUAUUAUCCAAAAUCAGUAGCCAAAGGACAUUUUGAUUCUUUAGAACCUAUUGUGCAAUAUGGACUCUUACCUAAAUUAACUAAGGAACAUUAUCGUGUGUCGCUGUUUAACGUGAAAUCAGACGAUUAUAACUCUGGACAUAUUCACCUUUUCUAUAAAUAUGUUGUUAUGAUAUGCGAAUAUAUUAAAAUAAACGACUAUAACAAUGGAUUUGUAGUCGCAUUGGACUUUAGGGACGCGAAUAUACUUACUUUCGUAACAAAAUGUACGCCAAUGGAUUUACGGCAAGUCAUCACUUUAAUGACGAUGAAUGGCGAGAAGCGUUAACGUCCAAAGAGUUCAUGGAAUACUUCGCAGAGAUGUAUGAAGCCAAGACGGAUGAAUCUUGCAGGCAGUCAGACAAGUUCACAGAGCAGUACAUAGGCAUGCCUGGGUCUUUUAGGGCUUUAAGUGUAGAUUAGACUUUAAGUUAACAGUUUUAAGGUUUAUUUUAAUGUAUACUGAUGUUUUAAAGAGGAAUUAUUUGUUUUUGUUUGCAUUGAAUUGGCUCUGAAAGUCAAAGUACUGUAUGGUUUUAAAAAAUAUUAAAAUUUCAUCCUUACUUCCUUAUCCUUACUAAUAUUAUAAAUCGGAAAGUGAGUUUGU